AUGACCGGAGGUCCGCCCUACAAGUCGCAUUCGCCCACCCAACAGCCUCGCUAUCCACCAUACUCGCCGACAACCAGGGAUGCUCAGUCAUAUUCCAACAAUGAGGCCUAUCAGCAUCCACCUAGUACACCACCAGCAUUCCCGCCGCCGUCCGCCUCCCUUAACCGCAGUCCGCGUUUCGCCCGCCCGGCAUCCCCAAUAGGCAAUACAUUACCCCCAUUGAGCGGAGCGGUGGUGAAUGCAGAUGGCUCCCCCCCAUAUCAUGGCCAUUCUGCUUCUACAACUCCGGCUUACACCCUACCAAGGCCGUUUGGUGGGUCUUUGUUGCCCACCACGUCGCAUUCCCCCCCACCCACAUACGGCCAUCCUUCCACUUCUCAUACACAUCCGACAAAUAUUGCUGAUACUUUCUCACACUCUCCAAAACGUGAAACGGACCCGUAUGAAUUCAGGGCAAACAAUGGCGGCAUCAUGGGCCAACCGCCGUUGAGACCAUUGUCACCAAAAGAAUCAAAGCCAGCUCGGUCGAAUCCAAUGUCUUUCGCCAAUAUUCUUUCUGGGCCGGCAGACGAACCUCCGUCCCGUCGGCCCUCAUCACCUCCUCAGUCAUACAAAUCAAACCUUCCUCCUCCACUGGCGCAAUCGAUCAAAACUGAGAAGAUGCCUUCAUUGGAUCCGGAGCAGCGGCGCGUCAGCACUCAAUAUGAUGCUGCUUUCAGUGACGUUGCUCACCGCCCGGUUACCAAUGGGUUUUCAUCUUCAAGGUCGUCCGUCCCGCCAACCGCUCUUCCGUCCUCAAACCAACAGAAAACAGGGAUGGAGCUUGAAAGUGAAAGGAUUUCCAGUCAGGCGGUUGCUAAGGCGAUGCAGCAAAUCGAGGCAGUAAAUGUCAGCGAUAUUGAAGGCCCAGGCUUUGAAGAUGAGUGGCACCGAUACAUUUCAAAAAAUAAGAAGAGGGCUCGAGAACUGGAGCUAGUGGAAGAGCGAAAGCGAAAGCGCCGUCGAACUGAAUUUUUGGGAAAGCUCGCCAAGGUCUUUGAAAAGCAGGCUCUUCAAGGAACUGAGCGUUUCAACCGUGUACAUGAAGCCGACGUCCAGUCCGAAAUACAACAGAAAGAAGUGCAAGAAGAGAAAGAGAGAAAGAAGGACAUGCAAAGAAAACGACGCCGGGAAAAUACCGUCCGUCAUGAGAUGGAGAAGCUAAAUGCAGCUCAAAAGAAGGCCAAUAAAAUCGACGACGAGGCAGAGAAGCAAAAGCUAGCCAAAGAGAUUGCACGAUCCAAAAAGAAAAUCAAGGAUACUACCCUUGCACUUGAGCGUGGCGAGGCUACACAAGAAAUCUCGGAAGUGAAUCCUAUAGCUCCAAACCUCGAGGGCGGUACAACCAGCUCUUUCCAUAUUCGCUCCAAAUCUCCUCAGCCAAAGAAGAAGCAAACUAAGACUCAGUCGACUAGACCUAAGAAGUCUAAAGAAAAGAAACUGGCCGAGAAAGCACUUGCAGAAGCCGCUUAUGCUGAGAUGGAGAAUGAUGACAUGGCUUCGUUGGCUCCCAAAGAAGAUCCUAGAAAAGCAUCUUUAAAGAAAGACUCAAAAGCUGCGCGUUCUAAAGAAUCAAGCCCCGUAUUCUCUACACCCUACGAUUCGAAGGGCUAUAACCAGCUCUACGAGCAAAUUUGGAGAGAUAUUGCCAGAAAGGACAUUCCCAAAGUACAUCGCAUCAAAGUUGUCUCUCUCAGUACUCGCCAGGAGAAUCUACGCAAAACUGCUCAAUUGGCCAGCAAGCAAUCUCGAAAAUGGCAAGAACGCACAAAUAGGAGCAUGAAGGAUACCCAAGCCAGAGCCAAACGGACGAUGCGUGAAAUGAUGUCCUUUUGGAAACGAAAUGAGCGCGAGGAGCGUGACAUGCGACGCCUGGCACAACGUCAGGAGCUUGAGCUGGCUAAAAAGGCAGAGGCAGAUCGGGAAGCAAAUAGACAGCGACGGAAGCUUAAUUUCUUGAUCUCUCAGACCGAACUUUAUUCUCACUUCAUUGGCCGAAAGAUCAAAACCGAUCAGGCCCAAGAUAGCGGAGAUGCUACGGCCCUUACUGCGAUGGGAGAAGGUAGUUCUAAGCUACCUGAUAGUCUGGCUGGUCUAGCUGAAGGUGGUGGUAAAGUUACCAAUUUCGAAGAUCUUGAUUUUGAUGCUGAGGAUGAUACCGUUUUGAGACAAGCUGCCAUGGCUAAUGCUCAAAAUGCCGUCCAAGAAGCCCAGGAUCGUGCCAGAGCUUUCAAUGGCGAGGAAAAUAAGAUGGCCGCUUUCGAUGAUGGAGAGAUGAAUUUCCAAAAUCCAACCAGCUUGGGCGACGUGGAAGUGUCGCAACCGAAGAUGCUGACAUGCCAGCUCAAAGAGUAUCAGCUUAAAGGCCUUAAUUGGCUCGUUAAUUUAUACGAGCAGGGCAUUAACGGUAUUCUUGCCGAUGAGAUGGGUCUUGGUAAAACUGUGCAGUCUAUAUCUGUGAUGUCCUACCUUGCUGAAGUUCACGAUAUAUGGGGCCCAUUCCUUGUCGUUGCGCCUUCCUCCACUCUUCAUAAUUGGCAACAGGAAAUCGUGAAGUUUGUGCCUGAUCUCAAGGUUUUGCCUUACUGGGGAUCUGCGAAAGACCGCAAGGUCCUUCGAAAAUUCUGGGAUCGCAGGAACAUCACCUACCGCAGACAAUCGGAGUUUCACGUUCUCGUGACAUCCUACCAGCUUGUCGUUGGCGAUGCUCAAUAUUUUCAAAAGAUCAAAUGGCAGUAUAUGAUUCUGGAUGAAGCCCAGGCGAUCAAGUCGUCGCAAAGUUCACGAUGGAAAAGUCUUCUCGGGAUGCAUUGCAGAAACAGACUCUUACUUACCGGUACUCCAAUUCAAAACAACAUGCAGGAGCUUUGGGCAUUGCUCCAUUUUAUCAUGCCGACUUUGUUCGACUCUCACGAUGAAUUCAGCGAAUGGUUCUCCAAAGAUAUCGAGAGCCACGCCCAGAGCAAUACCAAACUCAAUGAAGACCAGCUUAAACGAUUACAUAUGAUUUUGAAACCUUUUAUGCUUCGCCGUAUCAAAAAGCAUGUUCAAAAAGAACUCGGCGACAAAGUGGAAAAAGACAUAUUCUGUGAUCUUACUUAUCGUCAACGAGCUUACUACGCCAACCUACGAAACCGCGUUAGCAUCAUGGACCUUAUUGAAAAGGCUGCUAUCGGCGAUGACACAGAUAGUACGACCCUGAUGAACUUGGUUAUGCAAUUUCGAAAAGUUUGCAACCAUCCUGAUUUAUUCGAGCGAGCUGACACCACCUCGCCUUUUUCGGCCUGUUAUUUUGCAGAAACAGCAUCCUUUGUGCGGGAGGGGUCAUUCGUCAAUGUGGGGUAUUCUACCCGGAAUCUUAUUGAAUAUGACCUGCCACGUCUUCUCUGUAGCCCUGAGGCUCGUUUAGACAUGGCUGGGCCAGGAAAUGAGAAAGCUGGCUUCCAAGGAAAAUAUCUGUCUCACAUGAUGAACAUCUGGACUCCUGAAAAUAUCAGAGAAAGCUUGAGCCAUCGUGAUGCGUUCUCCUGGUUGCGAUUCUCCAACAUCUCCGUUGGCGAGGCAUUUGAUGCAUCCCAUAAAGGUGUAUUUGAACGGGCAGUGACGCGACGAGGCUACUCCAACCAUCUCUCAUUGUUAAAUGCUGUUUAUGACAAGGAUGGUGACGAUGAUGACAUUGAUCCUAAUUCUCUUCAUAUCCAUUCGAUGUUCAAUAUUGUCGAGCGGAAUAACCGACGAGCAUUGGCUAACACUACUGCAACUGGUUAUAUGCGUGAACUGUUGAAUAUAUCUGAUAAUGUCGCCGCAAGUGGAGGUAUUCGCAACAUCGAGCCUUGCGCUAAACCGGGAGCCACCGCCCCUCCCAUCACAAUAUCCUCUUAUGGACGUGCUGCAAUUGUGGAAAGCCAAGAAAGUCUUUUCAGUCAAUCGGUUCGUCAAGUUUUGUUCGGAAAGGCUACGCCAGCAAUGGAAGCGGAGAUAUUGGCCAAGAAAUUGGAUCCAGCACCUUACUCCUUGCCUCGAAUGCUGCCCGAACCUGGCUCAGAGAAGGGCCGGUUCACUAAUAUCACGGUUCCUUCAAUGCGACGGUUCGUGACGGACUCCGGGAAACUUGCCAAACUCGAUCAGCUCCUGCGUGAGCUUAAGAACGGCGGCCAUCGUGUACUGUUAUAUUUCCAGAUGACUCGCAUGAUUGAUUUGAUGGAAGAAUAUCUGACCUACCGCAAUUACAAGUACUGUCGUCUUGACGGAAGUACCAAGUUGGAAGAUCGUCGUGACACCGUGUCUGACUUCCAGCAGCGUCCGGAAAUUUUCGUAUUUCUCUUGUCUACUCGUGCGGGUGGUCUGGGUAUCAACUUGACAGCCGCUGAUACCGUCAUUUUCUACGAUUCUGACUGGAACCCUACCAUUGAUUCUCAGGCUAUGGAUCGAGCGCAUCGUCUAGGACAGACGAGGCAAGUUACUGUGUACCGCCUUAUCACGCGUGGCACCAUCGAAGAACGGAUCCGAAAGCGAGCGUUACAGAAGGAAGAGGUGCAGCGAGUUGUUAUUUCUGGCGGCGCUGCUGGUGGUGUCGAUUUCAAUGCCCGCAGCCGCGAGAACCGUACAAAGGACAUUGCGAUGUGGCUUGCAGACGAUGAGCAGGCAGAAAUCUUAGAGCAAAAGGAAAAAGAGGCUCUUGAGAAGGGUGAAGAAGCUACUACAAAGAAAGGAAAGAGGGGACCAGGCAAGAGAAAGAGAGAUAUUACGCUGGAUGAUAUGUACCAUGAGGGAGAGGGCCACUUUGAAGACAACAGCACAAAGCCUUCUGGAGCUGCAACGCCUGUAUCUGGGGAGGUUGCCCCAGGACACCCAGCCACUAAACCUCGCCGAGGGCGCGGGGGUGGUGCGGCAGGUGCAGGUAUAGGCCGCUCCAAGAAGGCAAAGACAGUUAAGGAGAGGCUGCGAUUAAUUGAUGGUGAGGUUGAUUAG